AUGCCUCUCUUCAGGCGCGCGUGCGGCGUCUGCGAGCGACUCCCACCCUCCCUCCCCGCCAUCUGUGAGGCGUGCGAAUUCUCGUCGCCUGAACACUUUGUGUGCGCGCAGCCGAGCCUGCGUGCUUGCGUGAGUUGCUCUCUCCCUCUCUCACGUGCAACCCCGCGUGUGACGACGCUCUCUCCGUACACGUUUGCACGUGUGCGAGCAUGUGUCUCCUGCGUGCGCCGCUCCCGUAUCUCUACAUGUCCCCAUCUUUCUCCCUGCUGGUUCUCGGUGCGACCUCCUAUCCUCUGUCGCACACACACACACACACACACACACACACACACGCGCACGCACGCACGCUCUCUCUCUCUCUAUCUCUCGCUAUGCAAGCCAUUCUCGCGCUCCGCCAUGAUGCUUUCUUCAUCCUCGAGCUCGUCGUGUCGGUGGUGGCCACCACUCGCGCGGCCAGCCUCUCCACAGCAUCCUCAGCAGCAGCAGCAGGGGGUGCUGCAGGGGAAUGCCCAUUUUAUGUCUCUCCUGCAGCGACCUCCAGAGGGCCCUCCGCUGCCCCAGGCGCCCGCGCACAACGCCGUCCAUGCUCCGCGUGUCGCCGCCGCCUUGCCGCCGCAGGAGCAGGAGCAGCAGCAGCAGCAGCAGCCGUCCUACAAGUCAUCCUCCUCUGCCGCCGCUGCGGCCCUCUCGCCGAACGCGUUUGUGCAGGCGCCGCCGCAGCGGCAGCGUGAAGGCGAGCAUCCGCAGCACCGACGUGUGCCGGCCGAUGGCACCAGCGCGACAGCGACGAGUGGUGGCGGUGGCGGCGGCAUCGAUGACUCAUCUUCUGCCCUGAGCGCUGCCAGCGUGCCGGCGUCGUGGUCGUGCGAGAGUUCUGUUCUACCGCACCACGAUGAGGACAGCGGCAGGUCCAGCGACGGCACGUACCAGUUCACCACGACCAGCUCCACGAUGACCGAGCGACGCCCGGUUUCACUCAAACACGCUAUAUCAGUGGGGUCGAGCGAUGAUACGAUGCGCUUGGCUGACCUGCGGCGGCGAGCGGCCGCUCAGGUUGAGAAGCGCGGCCCUAGACACCCAGCAGCGCCGGGUGCCGUCGGCGCCAGCGCCGCUGUUGUGUCACCAUCGUUUUCGACGUCGUCGUGCGGGUGCCCAACGAAUUGCGCGUGUCGAAGCGACGCGUCAGACGACGACGUCUUUGGUGUUUCGGUCGAUUUUCACGGAAGAGCGAGGCCGGCGUGGCGUGUGCGCCCUGCAAGUCGGCCACGCGUGGCAAGCGCUGAUGCGCGACGUGACGCGUGCACGGACUGCACAAUGAGAGCUGCACAGGACAUGACACUCUGCAGCGACACCUCCUCGGAGACAGGCACAACACCGCUGCAGCGGAGCAGUGAAGAGGACAGCGAUGACCUCUGCAGCUCCUGCCGUCAGCAUCGCUGUGUUUGCGGUCAUCCUUUCUUUGAGUGGCGUCCAGCUCAGCACGGCGACGGGGAGGUUUCACUUAAGCUGUCAAGUCAGGGCAGUUCCGAGGGCGACAGCGGGGGCGGCGACGACGCUUCACUCUGCAGACUCUGCAGAGCCGCCGCUCGCACACGUGCAGUGCACCAGGAUGGUACUGCCGCAUCCUUCGCUCACCACGAGGACCCGCUCAGCGAAGGUGUGCGCGAGGAUAGACGGUGCACGGGGGUGCCCCCGCUCCUACGCCUUUCUAUCCCAUGUUCGUCUGCUGCGACCAAGCGCGACAGCGCGAGCGACGCCGCGACGAUGACGCAGCGCGAGCGGGCUGAUCGACGGAUGAUAUACGUACAGAGCGCCGCCGCACUCGCCAGUGACGCCGGCGGUGAGCGCCGUGGUGCGCACGACGCUACCGUUGCAGCGGCAAGAGAGCUGGAUCGUUGUACGGGCAGCACGCAGACAGACGCCGUCGUCCCAGCUGCCGCGACGGCUAGUCUAUCGGAUGAGCAGCGCCGCCGCCACGCGGAGCAAGAGGCCGCGGCGGUGAAGAGCAUCGCUGCUGCUCACUGCGCCGAGGUGACACUGCCCCUGCUGCAGGGCGAGCUGGCCAACUUUGAGGCCCGCGCGGCCGUGCAACAGCAGGCGCGCUUCCAUGUAGUGGAAUCGCAGCUGCGGGUGUACCUUGACGAGUUUCGGCAGCGCGUGCAGGAGCUGAGUGAUCUCCAGAUGCAGCAGCAUGCUGAUCGGCAAGCAGAAGCGGAAGUGGCACGGCGCGCUGCUGCCCGUGUCGACCGUGCCACCUCCCCGAUGGACAGUGCUCUCAUCGCCGACGCGGCUGAUUCCACCCCGCAAGCUGCUCCGUCGCCCGUGCCACCACAGCGCACCGUCGGGACACAGCACUCGGACGGAACCCUCGAGUUGUUGACAGUCGUGCGCACAGAGGCCGCAUCAUGGAUGGCGCAGCUGCUUCUCUCCAUCGAAGCCGAGCGACGUGAUGCCGUGACGCAGGACGAGACCGAGUCUCGCGACCGGCUCCUACACGUUGUGGAAGAGCCUCGCCGGCGUCAGCUGCUGCGCUAUCAAGCGGAACUGCUCCACUGGCAGCAAGAGUGCGCGGCAGUACGUCACCGAGCCUCCUUCGUGUCUGAUUUACGUGCGCUGGAGCUACGUGAGCGGCUUGCGCGGCAGGAGCUGAAUGAGGAGGCGUCCGCGGUGCGGCGCGAGCUUGGCGAAGUCUUUGAGCGGCAACGCUGCCAAGCUGCGGAGGCGGCGGCGCACUCUCAGAUGAAAGCACUCGAGGACGAGCUCGCCAAGGUGCGAUCGAAGCUGUCCAUUGUUGAAGCCGAACACGCCGACACCCUUGAGCACGCGAAGCAGCUUCGCCUGCAGCUUAUCCACGCGUUGCGCAUGCCCACCGUGACGCUCGUCGAUUGCUCGGGCGUGUCUGCAGCAGCUCGUGGCGCUGGUGACGCCGCCGCCGCCGCGUACGCCUGCCCCAACGCGAAAACAGAAAUGGGGCGCGGCGACACGUUGGACAUGCGUGGGAACACUCAUCAAGGCUGUGAGGAUCGCGCUCCGAAGGCUCACGCUGCUUCAUCGACGGGCUCAGCCACCGGCGUGGCCCCGUGGCACACUGUGCCGAACGGAAUCCACGGAGGCUGGGAGGACUUGCCUGUGCAUCAGCGUUUUGCCCGCGCGCAUCAGGAGGCGCUGCGCGUGACCCGGGCACAGUGCCGCACCGUCUGA